AUGAAUGACGACACCAUCACGUGGGAAAUCCUGGGCAAGGGAAAAUGCUCAUUCAAAAAAAAAACGCAGACGCAGAUGUUCUGCAUGAAUGAAUAUAACGUUACGGGUCUAUGCACUAAGGUGAACUGCCCUCUAAGUAACAGUGUCUACGGAACAGUCAUUUUAGAUAAGGGAGAAAUUUAUUUAUACUUAAAGUACCCUGAGAGGGCCCACCUUCCAAGCUCCCUGUGGACCAGAAUCCAGCUAAGUCAAAACAAAAAGGAAGCAUUCAAUACUAUCUAUAAAGAAAUGAAGUACACCCACAAUAUAAAGCAAAUAAAAAAAUGCAUGAAGAGAUAUAUACGGAUGAAAGAGAUUUUAAAGCGGAGUAGAAAAUUAAUUUUGCAAAAACAAGUAAAGUUGGUUCCCAUUAAAAAGAAAACAGAAAGAAGGGAUAGGACCCGGGAGAAUAAGGCUCUCAAAGCAGCCAACAUUUUAAAUAAUGUCGAAAAGGAAUUGCUUAACCGGCUGAAUAGUGGGGUGUAUGGAAAUUUGUAUAAAUUCUUGACCCCAAAAAAGAAGGUUAAAAAUAAGGACUCCGAGUUGGCGAAGCUGUUCGACGAGGUGGAGGACGCGCAGGGCGUGAAGAUGAGGAAGAAGCAGCAGGGGGAGAAGCAGCAAGGGGAGAAGCAGGAGGAGGAGGAGGAGGAGGAGGAGGAGGAGGAAGAAGAAGAGGAAGGAGAGGAAGGAGAGGAAGAAGAUGAGGAUGAUGAUGAGGAGGAGGAUGAUGAUGAGGAGGAGGAUGACGACGAGGAUGACGAUGAGGAGGAGGAUGACGAUGAGGAGGAGGAUGAGGAUGAGGAGGUGGAUGACGACGAGGAGGUGGAUGACGACGAGGAGGUGGAUGACGACGAGGAGGAUGAACAUUUGGAGGACGAGCCCCGAGGGAGGAAGGCAAAACGGAAGCAAAAAUGCGCGAAGGAGUACGUGAACGGCGAGCACAUCAGGACUCUGCAGGAGGAAGGGAAGCUGUUUGAUGAAGACGAAGUGGAGGAGUUCGACGGAAGCUUCUCUAAGAAGAGGAGCACCAAGGCAGGCGGCAAGAAGGGCAAGAAGAAGAUUCGAAUAGCGUACGAAAAUGAUUAG